CGAGAGCUCUGUGUCCGUUGAGCGUGGUUUUGCCGAACGAGACGUCUUGGUACUAGUGGCUGGAAGGAAGGAUACUUACAGACAUCAUGCUGAAGUUUUGCAUUUUGGUGUUGGCAUCUGUCAGUUGUGCGUCGUCGACUGGCGUCAUUGAUGCCAACACUUAUGUGGACACCAUUUUAAGGGAAAAGAUGCCACUCCUAGUGAGGGGAUCGCCACAGCUUGCGGUCAUCGGAGACUUCAGUUUCAAGGUGUCAAGGGACCACACCAUCAACCGUGACAUGGAGGUGAACAUGACACGUGGCACGAUCGAUCGCCUCGAUGACGCCCUGCAGCGGCUGAGUGACUGCCAGGCGCCCGAAGAUUAUGAAGGACAGACCAUCAUCUAUUGCUACCUCACCGUGCAGGGACUCAACGUAACCUUCACUGCGUUUGUGAAAGACGACCCCCUGGCCGCUGCUUGGACGAUCGCUUGGGUGAACGUAGCCGUUAGAAACACCACGGCUCACUUUGAAGCCAGCGCUCCUCCCGGUGGGGACGGGACUCUGCGCACCUUCCUCAUCCAUGACAUCCGUCUCGACGUGACUUACGACAGCAACCUGAGCCUUAACGUGCACCGCAGCUGGAAGUUCAAGGAAGCGAUAAAUGACAGGGUCAAAAAGGAGCUAAUGGACAUUUUUCAGUACGAUUACAAAGACCUGCUGAGCCGUGCUGUAGAGUCUGUGCCGUUCCCCAGGCUCUAACCUGACUUUGAGUGUGAUGAGCCAGACUGUUACAGCGACAGAAGCGGUCGGCCUUGAAUGAGUCGUGCCACGAAGCGGGCAGUCCCGCUGUCCCUCGUAAUUAAUCAUGCUGUUUGCAUCAAUUAUGGAACUUUUGGGGCUGUCUCUUUUUUCACUUUCGAGGAAUUUUGCCCUGUCGCAUUUACUAUACUGAUUAGAGUUUUCUUAUGAAAGUCAAGCCCAAUUCAUUGCUUGCGA